GAUUUGGGAAGGGGAAAAAAACCUGUUUGUCUCUCUUUUUGGGUCACUUCGAGUUCUACGUUUUACAACCCAUUCCAAAAAAUGGGUUUUUCAGAGGUCGUGCAGAAUCCCCGAUUGAUCUUGGGAGCUACGGGAACCAUUGUGGGCGUGGCCUGUUUGGCGAAAUGGGCCAGCUCGCCUCGAUGGGUUCGUGUGGGAACGGUGGAUCGCCUCUUCGUGUUCCCACUCAAGAGUGGCAAAGCCAAGGAAGUGAACACGGUCGAAUUCGCCAAACUCGGUCCCAAAUCGGCCAUGUUCAGGGACCGAUCGUUUUGUUUGGUCAAAGAAAAUAAUGACUACGGAUCCGUGAAGGAGUUUCCACGGGUCGCCUUGGUGGAAAUCGUUUAUGAAGACGGACAUUUAUGGCUGAGAGCGCCUGAUCGCGAGGAUUUGAGGAUUGAGCAUGAGGAUCUUGAGUAUUCCAAGGAAAAAGAGGUGGCCGUGAAAAUCUUGGACGUAAGGGUCAGAACGAUCUUUUUGGGUCGGAAGUACGAUGAGUACAUUUCGGAAUUUGUCGCGGGCGAUCCAAACCGCGUGAAAUUGGCCUACCAUUUCUCUGAGAGUGCCCAAAGGCCCGUGCGUCCCAAACAUCGCAAAUUGUGGCCGCAAACCAUGCGGGAUUCCGAUGUGCCGGCUUUGAACUACACCAGCUCCGUGACCAUUUUAACCAACGCCUCCAUGAAGGACCUUCAACACCGAUUGGACGUGCCCAUAACUGCCAAGUGGCUUCGCUCCAACGUUAUGAUCAGAACCGAUAGCGGACUUCCCUUUGAGGAGGACAAAUGGAUCGGUAAAAUGAGAUUGGGCAAGACUGCUGUUCUGAGUUACAACAAACCUUGUAAUCGUUGUCCGGCCAUCACUGUGGACCCCGAGACGGCUAUCCAGGAUCCAAACUUGGAACCCCUGGCAACUUUGAGGACUUAUCGUCUCUUGGACCCGACCACCAGUGAGCUCGAUGCUCAACGAAGAAAAGUCCUCGGGGAAUCGCCUCUGUUUGCGGUGAACUUCUCCGUGUAUCAAGAGGGAUGGGUUAACAUUGGCGACGAAGUCUGGGUCGAAAUGUGAGAAGUAGACUGCAUUCGUGAAGUUCCAUAUUGUGUGAGCACUCUGCAAUGUCGAUUCCGUAGAAUCGAUAAUUCAGUCGCAGCUGAGCUAGAAGCAUUUCUAGAGUAUGACUAUUUAAGGUUAAAGCGCAAAAGUUCCUGACAGAUAGUAUCAUAUUCUCGAGCGUGAAAUACAUGUAUAUUGAUUGA